UCUGCUAACGUGAGGACACCACGCGAUAGUCUCUAUGGGAGCAGGAAGCGGAAGUUUGUGCUGGUUUGUUUACAAUUUGUGGGACAGCAAUUGAGGAGUUUAAUUUGUCCGUGUGAGUUGUUUACUGAUGAAGUAAAUCAGACAUCACAACUCUGUAGGUUACUGAAAGGGCGAGAGUGCGGGUUUUGGAGUUUAUUAUUUUUUUCUUAUGGCGCCUGAACGCUGUGUACGGAUUGUAUUGUUACAGUAAUUCGCUCUGUCGAUGCUACUUACUACCUAAAUCAAGUGCUGAUUGAAUAAAAAGCGAGUCUCCCUAUAUUAUUAAUAAUAAAAUCCCAAAUAAGGAGAGAAUAUCAGUCUGAAACUAAAGUCAGAGAAGAUGGACUUCAGUAUGUACGUUUCAUUCUUUCAAUACGAGCUCGGCUCUACCAUCGAGCAUGCGGUGAAAGGGACUGUGGACACCGUCUUGUGGGAAAUUGCAAAAGUUGUCGGCGGCAAAUUCACUGAAUUCCAAAUUGAAAUGGCUGGAAAGGAGAAAGAGAAUGAAAGUCUGAAGCUGAGAUUGGAAAUAUCAGAGAGCGAGUUGAAAGCAGUGCGGGAAUGCAUGAACGCUGCAGAUGCAGACAUUAAACAACCUCUCAGAAACAUGAACCCCGACUGCAAUGAACAAGACUUUCAGAGGAACGAGAACCGGGGAUUAUUCGUUAAAGAUAAUAAAGAGAAACAGGCUUUCAUUGAAGCAGAUGAGGGGCCAAACGUAGAAGCUGUUUACACACAAGAGGGGAUCUUUGAUCAUGAACAGUGUGCAAGUUUAAUGCAGGAUACAGAGCAGACAUCUUUGGAAGGUAAAGCAGCCCCAAGACUUGAGUCUGUCCACAUUAAAGAGGAGGCAACUGAACUGGAACCUGUCCACAUUAAAGACGAGGCCUAUGAAUUUGAACUUGUCCACAUUAAAGAGGAGGCACCUGAACUGGAACCUGUCCCCAUUACAGGGGAAGCUUCUAAAGAAAAUAAAGUCAAUAUACUGGAGGACAGUGUAGUUCAGCUGGGAUCUAGCCAUUGUGUUUAUUGUCCACCUGAAUUGGUCCACAUGAAACCCAAUCAGUCUGUCUCUGAAGACACUUGUUCUAGUGUUGGAGAAAAGGGCACUGUGCUGGGGUCCAUUCAGGUGGAACGUCACACCCCAGAAGAUGGAAAGGAGGAAAGAGCAAUGCCAUGCACUAGCAGCACAACUUCACUCCAGUGCAAAAUCUCUUCUGAUGGCAAAAUGCAUCGUAAGGAUCACAGAGAUUCAACACCGCAAGAUGAAUAUGUGAAGAAACUGAGAACACCCUCAGUUCAAAAUCUUUCUGUACAAGAUAGCAGAUCACUUAGUCUGGGUUAUAUAGUGACUCCACAUCCCGAGGUUGUUAACAAUUCUGCAACCCAGGGCAACUUCAUUCCCCUACAAACUCCCCAGCAGAUUCCUUCAGAGCAGAUCUUGUAUCACUGUACUGAAUGUGGCACCAAUUUCACUGACCUGGGAAACCUAAAAGCACACCAACAGAUUCACAAAGAAGAGAAACCCUAUCUCUGUACUGAGUGUGGCAAAAGUUUCAGAUGGGUAGGUGGGCUUAAAAUACACCAGCGCAUUCACACAGGAGAGAAACCCUACCUUUGUACUGAGUGUGGGAAGAGUUUUAAUCAGAAAUGUAGCCUUCAGUCACACCAGCUAAUUCACACGGGAGAUAAACCGUUUCACUGUACUGAUUGCGGGAAGAGAUUCAGAGGUUCAGUAAAAUUAAAGGUACACCAGCGAAUUCACACUGGAGAGAAACCGUAUCAGUGUCCUCAAUGUGGGAAGGGUUUCAGUCGGAGAGACCACCUCAGAAUGCAUCACAAAAUCCACACAGGAGAGAAACCUUUUGAGUGUACUGACUGUGGGAAGAGAUUUAUCGAGGCAAAUAAACUAAAGAGACACCGUCGAGUUCACAGAGAUUUAGUCAGUUAGGACACAAAAAACUGAUUUAGACACACACAAAAAAAAAAAGAAAUUCAGUUUACAGAAUGAAAGCACCUCAAUCACACCAGAAUACCAACCCAGUUUCUGUCUCUCAGUGUGAAUUGCAGGUAACUUUAAAUACAUGUAAUUCUAAUAAAAUGUAUGUAAAAUGAAAAACAAUUCAUAGCCUGCAAAAUAUGAAAAUUAAAAUGUCAUAAAAAAUUAAAUGGAUAAAUUUAGGAUCCACAAGACAUAAGUGACCAAAAUUAAAAUAUAAUUAGCCACAGACAAUUAUUAAACUGACGAGUGCCCACUAAUUUACUCUUGGUGAUGGAGCCCGACUUUGAAUGCGUAACUUAUUAGUUAGCAAAAAUAAACCAUGCAUGCGAAUAAAAAUUAAAAUAACUCGCUAAAUACUUUAACAAGUCUUUCUGUUCCAAAAAAAAGCCACUCCUAGCCAAUGAGUACUAUCCGCCUGCCACAAAAAACCUGACUAAUUUGUCAAAAGUUUUGCAUAAUUCUGUAACUUAAAAACUACCGCACGGAUUUUCACGAAACUUGGACAAAGAAAUUCUCUGUCACAGGUAGACAGAGCAUAUGAAAUUCCGUCCCAAUCCGAUUUGAAAUGGCCAAGAAAGCAUACCCUCAAAAUCGACUUUAACCAAGGCUCUACCAGCCGCUCUUAUCUAUAGCUAAGCUAUCGAGCCAUUAUAAUAACGUGCCACUAGGUGGUAAAUGUCAUUUUGAUUACUAUUCAGUCUCGUAUUGAUUGCCCUCUUCAAUACCUACAUGUUCGUUGACUGCAGCACUGUCUAUGCGGGCCUCUACUUGUAAUUUUGCUGAAGUGAAGUGUCGACAUGCCAUUAUUAUUGAAUAGCGGAGAUGAUGCACAUCUAAUAGAUAAAGAUAUGAAGAACGAAUGCCGUUGGCAGUGGUGCCAAGAAAGAGAUUUGCUAAAUGGGCCAUAUUGGCAGUGGGUAAGAAAAACCGACAUUCCUGGGCAGUAUCAAAUUCACCAUAAAGACGAACGACAUUUGAAAUUAUUCACAGCACGACUAAGUUAUCAAAAACCCGUCCAGGUGCCGCGCCAACCACGGGGAGGAUGAGCACAGCAUAGAGUCUUUAUAUACCCACUACCCGACCCGCUUUAAUAAGACCUGCAACCCGACCCAAAACCGCAAGUGUUUGUCCUUUACCUACUGCCUGCGUCACCUGACUCUCUCACGCUCUCACAUUCACACACAGAUAUCUCUACCGUUCUCCAUGGAUUGCGUUUACACAAUAGGCUAUACAGCGUGGUAACUUUCUCUAGUGGUCUGCAUAUAUUUUAACAUUGUAACAUAUUAACUAUCGCUACUUACUUUAAUAUAAAAUACCUGUCUCUUCCUUUCAUGUUGAAAGGGAGCUACACCUGUGCUUUUGCAGAGAUGGUGAACCAGUUUUGUGGCCGUUGUUUACAAAAACAAUGACAGGUUUUACAAGCAACAAAUCCAGUCACAUGUUCAUUAUUUUCAUUCGCUGUGAUUCCAAAAGAAUUCCACACUUGUGAUGUACCUCUCAAACUAUUAUCCACUACAUGAUACAAACCCUGCGCUAUCUUUUGUUUCACCUCGUUCACAAACAUUUUUAAUAUCACCAAGCAGACGUGAUAAAAAGAUCUUGCAGCGUAUCAAACAAGCGAGAACGACAGUGCUUAGUCAACUGACUCCUCCCUAAUUGCCUCCUGCUUUAGUGCAGGACAUACCGGUACAUUUACCUUCUCAUACAUUAUUUGGGAAAGGGUUACAGAUGAGUAUGCUGAAAAGACAGAAAACGUUUUUGGUGAUUCAAAUUCAGAACUGACUUUUUUUUUUUUUACCCGAACCACAAACCGCGAAAAAGUUCACAUUCCGACCCAAACCCGACCUUUUGCAGGUCACCCGCGGGUACCCGACCCGAUGCAGGACUCUAGCACAGCAGAGUGAGUUAUUAACACAAGUUAACAUGUGCGGUUGUUAGUGAACACUGUUUGCCAUUUACCAUUAUUCCAGAUCACAUUGAUUUCCGCAAGCGAGUUGCAGCAGACAAAGAAACGCUCCGUAAGCUUCACAUAUCAAGGAAGUGUGGAGCACACAUGGGUUCAAAGGCUUUACACAAUUGUGCAGCACUUUAAAGACACUGAAUAUUGAUGAAGAAACCAGCUUUUCCAUGAACAAGAACGUUUCUACGAUGAAAAGGAGGGAAGGUAAAAAAGGUACAAUUCUAAAAGGUCACCUCAUUACAAAAAGGAUAUUGCUGCUCUAGAAAGAGUGCAAAGAAGAGCAACCAGAA